ACGCGCAACAGUCACCCAGCGGAGGUUGCGUAGUCGUACAACAAACAACUUCGGACACGCACACGUGACUUUCGAUGUGCCUGCUUGCUGCGCUUGCUGCGAGCGCUUUCACAGUGGGCGUCUUCGAACCUUCCCCCCCUGAGGCCGAGCAAAAAGCGCUGCGUUGUCCCGGCACAGUGCUGCUGACGCGUCCCCGGUAGCGCUCAGUGAUGAUGACACUUCAAGACGGCACCGAUGACUCUGCAAACAUCACGGACGGAUCGCUGAAGAUGCGUUCGGACACUAUUGACUUGGCCGACCAGUCUCUUCUCGUUGACAUCUCUGAUGCACUCAGCGAAAGGGACAAGGUCAAGUUCACGGUGCAUACCAAGACAACCUUGGCGGACUUCCAGAAACCAGAGUUUUCGGUAGUGCGGCAGCAUGAAGAAUUCAUCUGGUUGCACGAUGCGCUCGAGGAGUGCGAAAACUAUGCAGGGUUGAUCAUUCCGCCGGCGCCUCCGAGACCGGACUUUGAUGCGUCCCGGGAGAAGCUCCAGAAGUUGGGCGAGGGAGAGGGCACCAUGACCAAGGAGGAGUUUGCCAAAAUGAAGCAGGAGCUGGAAGCGGAGUACCUGGCAACCUUCAAGAAGACUGUGGCGAUGCACGAGCUGUUUCUUCAGCGCCUGGCCCUGCACCCGGUCUUCAGGGCAGACCGCAACUUCCACGUCUUCCUCGAGUACGACAAAGAGCUGAGCGUGCGUGGCAAAAAUAAGAAAGAAAAACUUGCUGGCCUCUUGACAAACAUCGGCAAGUCUGCGGACGACCUCAGGCUUUCUAGCACACAAAAGGAUGUGGACGAGUUCUUUGAGCACGAGCGCACAUUCCUGGUAGAGUACCACACGCACAUUCGUGACGCCACCGCCAAGUCUGACAAGAUGACCAGGGCCCAUAAGAACGUGGCUGACAGCUACAUCAAGAUUUCGUCCUGCUUGACCCAGCUAGCAACCGUGGAAUCCUCGGAGCUAGAAAAGUUUUUCCCCAAAGUGUCUGAAAGCUUUGAGAAAGCAAGGAAAAUUGAGGGACGGGUUGCAACGGACGAAGACCUGAAGCUGUCGGACACCCUGAGGUACUACAUGCGUGAUACAUCGGCUGCCAAAGACCUUUUGUACCGGCGACUGCGCUGCCUUGCCAACUACGAGAACGCCAAUCGUGCGCUGGAGCGAGCAAGGAACAAGAACAAGGAUGUCCAAGCUGCUGAAGUUUUGCAGCAAGAGGCUUGCGAAUCGUUCGAGAACAUUUCCAAACAGGCGAAACAGGAGUUGACGGACUUCAAGACACGCAGGGUAAACAACUUCCGCAAGAACCUGAUUGAACUGGCCGAACUAGAGCUCAAGCAUGCCAAGGCCCAGGUGCAACUGCUCAAGAGUAGCAUAGCACUGGUGAAGGGCGAGCCCAUGAAGGCGUGACGUGGAGUCGGGAGCCGUGCUGCCUAAGGUAGCUGCCUGGUGCUACCGGGAGGAGCUGUACCAUACGCUGUAAAUGCCACUCGCAAAGGGGCUCCUAUUUUGAUGUGUAUUUAUUUCGAUUCCUUCCGCUCUUCUCCAGGAACUUCUCCCUCCCCUUUUUUUCACGGAAGGCUUUUGAAACAAUAAAAAGGAUUUAUUCAGGUU